AUGUCCACCGGGGCGAGCGGUGGGGGUGCAGUGACCAGCAGUCGGGGAGGGGGAGGCUUCAAGAAGGGGGGGUUCAAGAGCUCCUUCACCACGGUCAAAGGACCGGUUGCUGCUUCAAUAUCAACCAGGAAGAACGUGCUAGGGGAUGAUGAUGCGGACGAAACUUCGGAGUUGAGUGAACCCAUCCAGAACAAACCCUCCAAAGAUACACUUGGUCAGAAUGAGCUCGCGGAGACCGAUACGGAGGAUGAGUACACGGAUGACAGUAUCGGCGCGGGUUACUAUGACCCCAGAAAACCAACAGAGUGUUCAUCAAUGUGUUUGGGCUUUAGACACGGGCUUGCAGCGGUAUAA